CCUGUCUCACAGCAGUUAACAGGCACACUCGCUCUGGCAGUGUUCACAGCUGCGCUUGGCUCUCUGCAGAUGGGAUACAGCCUGGGCGUCAUCAACGCCCCACAGAAGGUCAUUGAGAGGCACUAUGCAAGAUCUCUGGGGGUCUAUAAUGAAGAACUAGCUCGCAGAGAAGGAGGAAACGCCACAGAACAUGAAGAACCGACUGAUGCUUCUGUGGUCAUGUACUGGUCCUUGUCUGUGGCCAUCUUCGCCAUCGGAGGCAUGGUGUCCUCUUUUCUAGUGAGCUUUGUUAGCGACUUCCGUGGAAGGAUCAAAGGUAUGCUGUAUAUAAAUGUCCUGGCUAUAACAGCUGGGCUGUUAAUGGGUCUGUCUAAGUUGGGCACACCUUACCUCAUGGUGAUAGCAGGACGUGCUAUCAUGGGACUGUACUGUGGUCUGUCGUCUGGCCUGGUGCCGCUGUACAUUGGAGAGAUUUCUCCAGUGAAGUACAGAGGUGCUAUGGGAGCACUUCACCAGCUGGCUAUUGUAAUUGGCAUCCUUAUUAGUCAAGUCAUCGGUCUGGAUUUCCUGCUGGGAAAUGAUGACAUGUGGCACGUGUUGCUGGGUCUUUCUGGAGCUCCUGCCAUCCUGCAGAGUCUGCUGCUGCUUGUGUGUCCAGAAAGUCCUCGAUUCCUCUACAUCAAACAAGGCAAAGUGGAAGAAGCAUGCAAGAGUCUGAAAAGGCUAAAGGGAGAUUACGACACCUCAAAGGACAUAGCAGAGAUGCAGGCAGAGAAAGAGGAGGCCAUGAAGGAGGCGCAAAUGUCCAUCCUGCGGCUGCUCCGUUCCUCUGUGUACCGCCAGCAGCUCUUUGUGGCCCUGAUGAUGCAUUUAUCCCAGCAGUUCUCUGGGAUCAACGCUAUCUUUUAUUACUCUACUUCGAUCUUCCAGUCUGCGGGGGUCGGUCAGCCUGUGUAUGCCACUAUUGGAGUGGGAGUUAUAAACAUCAUUUUCACCCUUGUGUCGGUGAUCUUGGUGGACAGAGCGGGCAGACGGACUCUCACUAUUGUUGGAUUGGGAGGAAUGUGCUGCUGUGCUGUGGCCAUGACAGUGGGCCUGGCUUUUCAGGAUGUUUACUUGUGGAUGAGCUACCUCAGCUUGGCAGCCAUAUUCCUGUUCGUGUCGUUCUUUGAGAUCGGGCCUGGACCAAUCCCAUGGUUCAUUGUGGCGGAGAUCUUCAGUCAGGGGCCGCGGCCAGCAGCCAUCGCAUUAGCUGGGUGUUGCAACUGGACAUGUAAUUUCAUCAUUGGCAUGUUUUUCCCUUAUUUAGAGGGUCUUUGUGGGAGCUAUGUCUUCAUCGUUUUUGCAGUACUCCUAUUCGGUUUCACUGUUUUUAUCUACUUGCGUGUACCUGAAACAAAAGGGAAGACUUUUGAGGAGAUAGCAGCUGUUUUCCAUCGCAAACGUGGAGCUCCCUCUUCCAAACCUCAAGAAGAAGCUGAGAUGGUGCAGCUCAAGAGCUCUACAGAGGCCUGAAAGGGGCUGUUAUCUUCUGGAAGCUGUGGAAUGAACGAUGUUACUGCUGUCACAGAACUCACCUGUUAUGACAGAACUGAUCUGCUGUAUAUUCCACAGAGCUUCACAUCGAGAGCUCAAUGGCUUAGCUCAUCAUUUGACAGGAAAUAAUUGGUCUUGGAGCAGGUAAAGAGAUUAACUAAACACAACAGCAUAAUCGGGAAAGAUGGUGCACAAUAUAGACAUGCACUGGCUUUGUUGCAACCGAUGUUGAGACUUACAUGGUUGUAUAUUAUUUUUAUAUUCCCAAUGUUAUAUCUGUAAAAGAUAUUUUAAAGGCAUUAUAAAAUAUUUUAAGUGUAUUUUAUUAGUGUUUUGUCCUUUUAGUUUAAUGUUUUGUCAUACAACUCAAACAAUCACCUGAAAGAAGAUUAACCUAUGAAAAAACAUCACCUACAGUUUGUUAGUGCAUAAAUAAUAAUAUUCUUACAUUUUGUUCAAGACUUACAUUGGUGGUAUUACAUUUGUGUAUUUUUGCCAUUAUAAAAUUGUCCAUAUUUUAAGUAAUUCAUUCCAAUAACAAACUUCCAUAGCAAUGAUUGGCUUUGCUGGAUAUAGGACUGUUAGGAAAUAACAGUUAGGGCCUACUUUAUUGCAGCUACAGUAGUAGGUUGAUGGUUGAUACAGUACAUAGGAAGGCCUUUGAAAACACCAUGGUGCUGAAACUCUUUUUGUUGCGUGUUGUUUUUGUCAUUCUUACAUUAAAGUUAUACUUCAUGGCAGUUUGAUGAGUGUCAAUGUACCUGGAAAGUUAUUGCAAAGAUGCU